CGCCUCGACCGCCACGACCGGGGGCCCUGUGCCCGCAUGCGCCCCCGGCCCUCCACUGGCCUGGCUGAGAUCCUCGUCCUCGUCGGCGGCUGCGACCGCGACUGCGAUGAGCUCGUCACUGUCGACUGCUACAACCCGCGCACCGGCCACUGGCGCUACCUGGCCGAGUUCCCUGAGCACCUGGGUGGGGGCUACAGCGUUGCCGCACUGGGCAAUGACAUCUAUGUCACCGGAGGAUCGGAUGGGUCGAGGCUGUACGACUGCGUCUGGAGGUACAAUUCCAGUGUGAACGAGUGGACGGAGGUGUCCCCCAUGCUGAAAGCCAGAGAAUACCACAGCUCCACGGUCCUGGACGGGCUGCUGUACGUGAUCGCCUCCGACAGCACGGAGCGCUACGACCACUCGGUGGACAGCUGGGAGGCUCUGCAGCCCAUGCUGUACCCCAUGGACAACUGCUCCACCACCUCAUGCCGUGGCAAGCUGUUCGCCAUAGGCUCCCUGGCUGGCAAAGAGUCCAUGGUUAUGCAGUGCUACGACCCCGACAGCGACCUCUGGUCCCUCGUGAACUGCGGCCACCUGCCUCCCUGGUCAUUCGCCCCAAAGACCGUCACUCUCAACGGCCUCAUGUACUUCAUCAGAGACGACUCGGCUGAAGUGGAUGUUUACAAUCCAGCAAAGAAUGAAUGGGAUAAAAUCCCUGCCAUGCUUCAGGUUCACGUUGGGGGGAGCGUGGCCGUGCUUGGUGGGAAGCUCUACGUCUCUGGUGGCUACGAUAACACGUUUGAACUUUCGGACGUCCUGGAAGCCUACGACCCCGAGACGCGAAUGUGGAGCGUGGUAGGCCGACUCCCCGAGCCCAUCUUCUGGCACGGCAGCGUCAGCAUAUUCCGGCAGUUCAUGCCGGAAACCACACAGGAGGAUGACGGCAUCACACUGGACAACACCAUCAACUUGAACAGGCAGCACCAAAACCUUCACAACCAGAACCUUAAUGAGCUUCGUUAGCAGGGGAAAGCGCUGUCCACCUGGCUCGAUGCAAGUUCAUUAUCCAGAACCCGUGUUGCUUUGAGAGAAAGCAGAGGCAAACGGGUGCUUGGAAACAAAAACGUACUGAUCAUAGAGGGAGUGAAAACUGAAUGUUUGGUGUGCUGUUGCGGAACCGCAGCCGGCAGACAGCGAGGCCUCCGCUGCGGCAUCCCUCGGCCCUUCUCUGGGGUGGGAGAAGGCGCUGCCCUGCCCGCAGAGGAGACCCGAGAAGUGAACUCUGAGGAAAGCAAUCGCAUUGAACGACACCGCAGCAUCACAGCUUACGGCUUUUGGUCAAACGCCUUUCACUGGGAGCUCCGUCACCAUAACGCUUCAUUUGCCACCAAACUCCUGUCUUCAGUUUCUUUUUCGGGAGGGGUCUGUCUGGUAGGACGGUGGUCUGGACCCCCGCCUCUAUUCUGUGCCUCGGAGGCAGACAGACCUCCUGUGCACAUCUUCCUCUGCGUGGUUAGAGGGGGAAGGGCCUUCCUACGAGAGCUGGAGGUCUGUUAGGGGUGAGAGGUUAAUUUGAGAACAUGGCCCUUCCUGCCCUGUCGCUGUGGUCCUCGGUUCCCGUUCGUGCCCUCAGAAGGAACAGACAUCCUGCAGCAGGGAUCUCACCGAGGCUGGGUUAUGAAGCUUUACCUUGCCCUUUGUCUGAACUUUGGUUCUUCCUGUAUUUUGGUGGGGUUUUUUUAAGUUGCAGCAUUUAAACUUUUGCAGGUAUUUGUUUUCCAACCCUUCCUAGCAGAGCACUUUUUCCUUCUAAGAAGAAAUGCCCUUAUUUAUCUUUUAAUUGCAUUCUCACAACUAGGUGGUUUUCAUUUCUGAUCAUCCCAGCUGCGCCCCGCUUUAAGGGGAAGGGGAGAAGCGAGUACCCCUCUUAGCUGGCCCAAGGAGCGACUCCUGGGGCUGGCCGCUGCUGCCCUCAGGGAGGAGCCGUUCUCCCUUCCCAGUUUGACAGGGCUUGUUGAUAGCGGGGCUGAACUAGGCAGAAAAAGCUGCUUCUUGUGGCAAGGGCUGUUUGCUGUUGGUUCUCCUGUGCUGAGCCCUCGGCUGGCACGCUGGGCUGGGCAGAUCGGCCCUGUGCAGUGAGGGCGAGUUUUUAUUUCUUCACCGUUUUAAAGGAGCCAAGUCGACAUUGUACUAUUUUAGAGAAAAAAAAAAAACCAAACCUUGCUUGGAAAGGUGAGCGCAGCUUCCUCAGGAGAUUCGCCGCAGGCUUGCGGAAUUGCUGGUGGUGUUUAGAUACCUUGAUGCAGAACUGCUUUUAAAUGCAUCACCUUGUGCGAAGGAACCCACCGGACCUUUGGAGGGGUCUCGUGCCUGUCGCACCUCUGGUUUGCAGGAGCUCUCGGGAUUUGGGCAAUUGGAAAAUGCCGCUGAGGUGUUUUGGUGAAGGUGUAGGAGUUAGUCGGAGUGUUGUGGAUUGAAAGGUAGUUGUUUUAGGGUUUUUUUUCUUGUUUUUGUUUGGGGUUUGCUGGCUUUUUUGGCCUGUGUAAGAUUUGCCUUUAUACUCACCCAAGCGACCUAGCUAGCUUGGGCUGUGUUUCCUCUAUCUACCUUAGCUGAAGAGAAGCUGCGUGCAGUUUACUCGUGGAAUGUUUCUUGAACAAGCAAAUAGCUAAAACUGCGGUACGGCUCACCGAGAACAAGCAUCGCGCCUUCGAGAAAACUGUAAAGCAUGACAACGGCUGGUGUUGGCUGGAUGCAUUCGUUUUUUCCAUCUUUUGUUUUUAACCAAUAGGAGAAAAAUUUGAAUUUAAACUUAAUUCAGAGAUGGAAAGCCCGUAUACUUGAUUGCACGCCUUCUGGCUUGCCCUUGGAUUGAGCAGUGUCAGAGACUCAUCUCCACAUCAGCGUCUUCACAGCUUUAAAAAGAUCUGUCUUGCCUUGAAUGCUAUUUUAUGCCACGCUCCUCAGCUGUGGAACUUUGGAAAGCCGCUCAUGAAAUCUGGGCGGUUCUCCACACCUGAAACUUUGACAGUGCCUUGAAACCGCUGCGCACCGGCGGAGGAUCCCAGAGGGGCCUUGCCCAGCUGCGGCAGCCUCUCGGUUUAAAACCUUCCCCGGUGCUGCUGCGGGCCCCCCCUUUGGCAGAGGAUCCGGGCAGGGGGGAUGUGUGGGGGCUCGCGAUUUGGGGCGGCUCCUUUGUCUCUGGGAGUAAUGGCCACGUCCCACCACACUGACCCGCGAGGCCAAAGCAGCCUGUCCCCACUGUGCCGUGUCGUGCCUGGGGAGAGACGGUGUGCGCCACACAGCUGAACUCACAUUGCAGACCGAAGUAUUUAUGCUGAUCUAUAAAUAGUACGUGCACUCUGUCUCAUACUGUAGUGCUCGCUGCUGGACCUGCCACCCCCAAACUCCCCAACCGGCUGAACAGUUACGGAUCUGUAUUUAUUUUUUGUAAAAUUCAUUGUGUCUGAAUCUUUGAGUACAGUUUAAAUCCCAUCCUUUGAAACAAAGGCAUUUUACAUUUACAGAUAAUGUAUUUUUAUUCUCAUAGUUUGUUUUUAAAUUUACUUGCAGCAGUCAAGUUAAAUAAAACAUGUUACAUAAAUCUCUCUGUCGUCUUUGAGGGGAAGAUUACUGGAGUUAGUUUUUACUGUGAUAUUUCUCAUUCUAGGCCUCAGGUACGUUUAAACGGGAGCCUUUCUGCCUUCUCGGUGAGUACAAGAGGGAAAGGGGAGAGAGCACAGCUGCGAUUUCGGGGCACGUGGGUAUGCUCGGUGAUCUUCCCCCCACCCUGGGAAUACUCAGGAAACGGUUCUCAAUGUCACGGCAACCCUGGAUCAUGUUAUUUCAGACAAAUAUAAAUCCCUGCACCUGAAAACAGGAGCUUAGAGCGUUGUCCAGCUCCUUGAGAUAAUGUGUUUCAAGCUAAGUAACAGCUAAAUUACCUCAAUGGUGAGA